AUGCCACCGUUUGCUGAGGCCAGGUCCAGAUUCCUUGCGGCAAUCGAAAAAGCAGCCAAAUACGCUAAACAACAUCCGCCUGGCGUCCUACGUGAACCCCCCGGCAGAGAAGCAUCGUUGCGCUGGGAGACCCUCCCUGUCGAAAUCCAGCUCUCCAUUCUCUGUCGCUGCCGCCUGCAGGAUAUCCAAGGCCUCCGGCUCGUUUGCCGCUCUCUCCACAAUCUCAUUGACAGAAAUGAACAUGCCAUUUCCCGUGACUACCUGCGCAUAAGACGACAUGGGAGCUUGCCCUCGCAGCAGGGCCCGCGGGCAGUUCAUACUCGAGCUCCUCAGGACGAUGUCAUUCUACUAUCGGAUCUUUUUCCACCGUCGGAGGGUCCUUAUAACCCCAAGGAUGCAUACACUUUUAGGUACCUCGCUGGCUUGCAGCGUCGCCAGGAUACCUGCUCCAAGCUAGCGUAUUACCUCGCCGAUCGGGUAUUGGAUGGCUAUAUCCAAAGUGACCCUGAGAUCAAGACGUCCUUCGCCUCUAAGCGCGAUCGGCAAGCGUGCCACGAGCGAGGCGUUACGCUUCUCCAGUUCAAGCUCACGCCUAUCAUGUUCUACGUUCUUUAUUUCUUUGAAACUUACUCCAAAGUGAGGUCGAAUGAGCUAAUUCGACCCCAUGGACGGAGAGGUCAGCCGCGGACUUUUCAUAUUGCGGACGAGCAUACUUUCCAAGCCUAUAUACUCCGUGGCCCAAUUUUCAAGGACACCAACGUGUUGCUCUUAACCCACCAUGUAUUCUCACUCCUUGCGCGCUAUCUAUUGAACGCUGUCGCGACUGACUACCCUUUCCAUUCUAACGGCGAAGCUUUUGCGAGUAUGUUACUUACCAUUGGUCUUGAAAGAAUAGUUGAAUUUUUUGCUGCUGAGAAGGGAGGGGGGUACAAUCAGCGUGCUCUUCGCAAAACAUUCAUGAGAAACAUGCAGAGAGACUGGGACGCUUUUAUGAAAAGAGAAGCAGUAUACGGAGACAUUGAACAUCACCCGAUGCCUCUGGACUAUAUCUGGAUUGCCCCUGCAAUGGAAACGUUACGUGAUAGGGGUUGCAUUCCUCACCGCUCGCAGGACUGGGUGAUUGUAUGGGAAGGUGCAAAAAUAUACCUUGACUGCCAGCACUGUAGAGGGAUGGAUGAUGGCUGGCCUGCAGCGACUGGGCUGUAG